UUCCCCCUCCCGCGCCCGCCCGCAGCCCGCCGCCGCCGCCGCCGCCGGAGCUCUGUAGUAUGGCAUCGAGGAGAAUGGAGACCAAACCUGUGAUAACCUGUCUCAAAACCCUCCUCAUCAUUUACUCCUUCGUCUUCUGGAUCACUGGGGUGAUCCUGUUGGCUGUUGGAGUCUGGGGAAAGCUUACUCUGGGCACCUAUAUUUCCCUUAUUGCUGAGAACUCCACAAAUGCCCCCUAUGUGCUCAUUGGAACUGGCACCACUAUCGUCGUUUUUGGCCUCUUUGGAUGUUUUGCUACAUGCCGUGGUAGCCCAUGGAUGCUGAAACUGUAUGCCAUGUUCCUGUCCCUGGUGUUCCUGGCUGAGCUUGUUGCUGGCAUUUCAGGGUUUGUGUUUCGCCAUGAGAUCAAGGACACCUUCCUGAGGACUUACACGGAUGCCAUGCAGAACUACAAUGGCAAUGAUGAGAGGAGCCGGGCAGUGGACCAUGUUCAGCGCAGCCUGAGCUGCUGUGGUGUGCAGAACUACACCAACUGGAGCACCAGCCCCUACUUCCUGGAACAUGGCAUCCCUCCCAGUUGCUGCAUGAACGAAACUGAUUGUAAUCCCCUGGAUCUGCACAAUCUGACUGUGGCCGCCACCAAAGUCAACCAGAAGGGCUGUUAUGAUCUGGUGACCAGUUUCAUGGAGACAAACAUGGGGAUCAUUGCUGGAGUUGCGUUUGGAAUUGCAUUCUCCCAGUUGAUUGGCAUGCUUUUGGCCUGCUGUCUGUCCCGGUUCAUCACGGCCAAUCAGUAUGAGAUGGUUUAAGGAGUCUUUCAAGAACAAUGGAAUAAGAGGCCUGUUUUUAAAAAGAACUACAGCAGUCUCUGAAAGACCUCCAAAGAAUGUUAGAGCACAGUACAUAAUACACCUGCCCCGUUCCACUACCUUCUUUCCCCAACCCCACCCCUUGCGUGCAACUGACACCCCUCUCCAGUCUCUUCUCUGCCUUUCGGCCCAUAUCAUGUGUAGUAUCCAUCUUGUGAAGUCCUCUUAUUCCACACAGUGUAGCCAGGCCCCUGCAGCUAGUCAUAGUGAACCCCACCCUAAGGCCCUGUGUGUGCCAGCUCUUCUGUGUGUACUUGGUCUAACUGCAGCUCACUGUAGAUGACUGAUUAUUACAUCAUCACUGGCCCCCUGUGGCCCUGCAUGUAGUAUGAGAGGCUUCUGUCAUCCCCUCACUCUGGUCCAUAAUUGCCACGCACCUUUACGUAGAUAAGCAGAUGAUAGUUAUGUAUUCUUUUGGCAUAAUCUCAUUUGGUUUUGUUUUCCCUUUUCUGGGAUUCGUUUCUACCUUCUUUUAGGCUGUCUUUAAGACAUGGACAGUGACACAUAGUCGUUAUUCAUGAGGAAAAAACAGCAUGGUGGAAUUGAUUGUUGAACGCUAGCUAGGUGGCCUCCUUGCUCAUUAUUGUUCCACACCUGGAUAUGUAGAGACAGUUUAGUGCACUUUUGUCUCUCAGUUGAAGCCUGUAUAAUCCUGUUACAAGGCUGCGUUGUUGCUCUCCUUGAAAGCAAUGAUAUCACUUCUAGUUGACCCCAAUUAAUUGCUGUGGUGUUAUUUUACUUAUUUCUGUAUGUUUUUUUUUCUUGCAUUGACAUUGUAGACUUUGAGGAUAUCAUCAGAUCACUUUAAAAAUGAGUGUGAAGGGGAAACAAAAGUCAAAAUAUUUUUAAAAGAUCUUUAAAAUAAUGCCUCUGUCUAGCAUGCCAACAAGAAUGCAUUGAUAUUGUGAACAUUUGUGAUAUAUGUAUUAAUAAAUAGAGCAACUACAAA